UAUACAGCCGAACAUUCUUCAUUCUUCAGAAGCGCAUUCUUAAGGCGAUCUCUCCCAAAGGCCAAGCAAUCCUCAAAAAGACACGCGCUUGAGCCUGCACUCCCGACCCUGCAGCACAGCCUUGCGCCCAAGCAUGGCAUCAUCGCAUCAGUAUCAUACUUCGUACUUUGACACCAACGAGCAGAUCCGUCGUCAACAGCGCACGCGCUCCAGUGAGGGUACGGUCAGCACCACUAUGAGCUCGUCGACGGGCCGCGAGUCGGCAGCGACUCACGUCACAGAAGCGCCCACCUUUUCCAAGAAGAUUGUUGUUGUCGGAGAUGGUGGUUGCGGCAAGACCUGCUUGCUCAUUAGCUAUAGCCAAGGUUACUUCCCAGAGAAAUAUGUGCCUACUGUCUUUGAAAACUACAUCACCUAUCCUAUCCACUCAGCCACUGGUAAGACUGUGGAACUUGCAUUGUGGGAUACAGCCGGCCAAGAGGAAUAUGACCGUCUCCGACCGCUUUCAUACCCUGAGACCGACUUGAUCUUUGUAUGCUUUGCUAUCGACUGUCCGAACUCGCUAGACAACGUCCUUGAUAAGUGGUACCCCGAGGUUCUACACUUCUGCCCAUACACUCCUCUGGUUCUUGUGGGUCUCAAGUCAGAUCUUCGCUACAAGAAGACUUGCAUUGAUAUGCUUAAGACGCAAGGCCUUACUCCAGUCACUACGGAGCAAGGCAUGGCCGUUGCUAAGAAGAUGAACGCGCAGUACAUGGAGUGCAGUAGCAAGGAAAUGUCAGGCGUCGACGAGAUUUUUGAGCAGGCUAUCAACACUGUCGUCGCUAAUGACCGGAAAACCAUCGAAGCGGCAGCAGCCUCAGGUUCUUCCAAAGAGAGCAAGUCAUCAACACCUGGGGUGGGACAGAUUAAGAGGAAGAAGAGAAGGUGUCCAAUCCUCUAAAGGCGCUCACAGCCAGAGAUGGAUGAAAGAUUGUUUUCUUGAAUUGAGGAACUUUUCUACCCAUCAUUGUCUUGCAAAGCCUCCCUUGUCAUCUUCUCCUGGGGAGGG